AAAUGCUAUUGCGAGGAGUGGCUGAGGAGUCGAGGGAGGAGUGAAGAGGCAGAAUGCUACGGUGGCUGAAUUCUCCUCCUUGCAAUUCUUCAUAAGCAUCUUACAGUUUAUUUAGAAAAAGGCAUUUUGCUUGCUAUUUUUACAUUUUUCAGCUGCUGUUCAAGGGAUUGUUCCUCUCUUACGCUGGAGCUCGUUACUGAAGGGUGCUCAAAGGAGAAGGAGGGAGCGGGGCCCACCUAGAGGAGCACCGUACAGCUUUUGAAGGGACACUUCCUGGAGACAGAAUAGAUUCAGAGAAAGCAAGGCUUUAAGGGCUUUGAUGUUUAAAGAAUACAAGUCGAUUCACACCCAAAGAAGUGCCCGUGGAGGAAGAAUGACAGGAUCUUUGUUUAUUUGAACUCCAAGAAGACUUUUUUUGUUCAUUCCAAAAGAAUUCCAACAGUAGCCGGACAGUCAAGACAUACAUAAGGAUCUAGAUGUCCACUCCUCACACCUAGACUUGUUUGAGAUUCAUCUUUAUCUUCAAGUGUGCAUGAACGCGUUGCCCUGGAAAUAUUCAGACACAUCCUUGAUAUGAAUCAUUAGGGACUCUUGGGUUCCCGUCCAAAACAUGGAGAACGUGUCUGAGGCUGGCGUCUUUGCGCCGCCACUGUGCGACGACUCUGUUGACUUCUACGGUCUCUCCUCGGGCAACCGCACCGAUCUGAACUGCACGCCUCCGUCCGAGUUCUACUUCUACGCUGACCUCUACGUCAUCUUGCCCGUCAUCUACUCGGUCAUCUGUGCCGUGGGCCUGACCGGCAACACGGCCGUCAUCUACGUGAUCCUCAAAGCUCCCAAGAUGAAGACGGUCACCAAUAUGUUCAUCCUCAACCUGGCCAUCGCCGACGACUUGUUCACGUUGGUGCUCCCGAUCAGCAUCGCCGAGCACCUGCUGCAUUACUGGCCUUUCGGGGAGGUGUUGUGCAAAAUCAUCCUCAGCAUCGACCACUAUAACAUCUUUUCCAGUAUCUACUUCCUGACUGUGAUGAGCGUGGACCGCUACCUGGUGGUUCUGGCCACAGUGAGGUCCAAGCGCAUGCCCUACCGCACCUACCGGGCAGCCAAGAUUAUUUCCUUGUGUGUGUGGGUUCUAGUCAUCCUCAUCGUGAUGCCGUUCAGCAUUUUCGCCGGCGUCUUCAUCGACCCCAACGAUGGCAGGAAGAGCUGCGUGCUCAGCUUCCCCGCACCAGAGAGCUCGUGGUUCAAAGCCAGUCGGAUCUACACCCUCAUCUUGGGCUUCGCCAUUCCCGUGUCCACCAUUUGCAUCUUGUACACCUUGAUGCUCUACAAGCUGAGGAACAUGCGUCUCAACAGCAACGCCAAAGCGUUGGACAAAGCCAAAAAGAAAGUCACCGUCAUGGUCUUCAUCGUGUUGGCCGUCUGCUUGUUCUGCUGGACGCCGUUCCACCUCAGCACCAUUGUGGCCCUGACCACCGACUUGAGGACCACUCCGCUGCUCAUUGGGAUCUCCUACUUCAUCACCAGCCUCAGCUACGCCAACUCCUGCCUCAACCCGUUUCUUUACGCCUUUCUCGAUGACAGUUUUAGGAAGGCCUUCAAGAAGAUGCUGGAAUGUCGGCCUGCGUGAGAGCAGCCACUCCAGAGAAAGUAAAAAAAAAAAAAAAAAAGAAACGGUACAUUUGUUCAAGCGACACCAGAAAAAAACAAACAAGUGUAGACAUCUCAAUGUUUGGUGUAGUGGUUUCCACGAACAAAAUUAUGUCCACCACCAUUUUGUGUUGCAUUAGCCAAUGACCUGGGGGAAAAAAAAUCAACAGAGUCAAAGUGCUGAUAUCAACUAAAUAUUUCAAUUGUGAAAGUGUCAAAGUCACAUGUAUUUAAAAAAAAAGACCAAUAUGUAUCAACAUAAAUGUGUUCAUAGGUAAACUGAUUGUCCACCAAGAUGUUUUGACACAUCGUAUUGAAAUAAAAGUUAACGGGUAAGCUGGAACUUAUCUUGACUGACUUUGAGCAAGAGGUGGGCUACACCUUGGAAUGGUCCCAAGCCCGAUCAGAAGGCACAUUAGAAAAACAAGCAUUCACACUCACGAUCACAACUGCGGCCAAUUUAAGUCUUGAGUAAUGUGGAAGGGAGACACAGCACCUGCUGAAAACCCACACAAGCACAGCGAGAACAUUAGCAUGAUUGUUUAAUUCAUAUGAAGUGUUUGAAAAGUACAAAAUGAUUUGUGCCAUUGUCUUGUGGAACAGUGGAAAGUUGAUCCAUAACCGUUUGUUCUCACUGAGCAAAAUUUGAGACUCCCUUUUAGUAUUAAUAUGGUAUUCCUUCACAAAUCUCCACUUGUAUUAACGGAGACAAUUGGCGGAGUUCCUUAGAGUCUUUGUUAUCGUAUUCGUGUUAAUGCUCUUAACAUGAUGUUUUUUGGGGGAAAAAAAACUGCCGAUUGACGCGUAUUGCUUCAGGACUGAAAUUACACAAACACGGGCCAGUGGGCCUGCUACCUUAUGAUGGUUUCGGUCUAAUUUAUGUUUGUGUGCUUUCGUCGCCCCCUGGCAACUAUAGACGCUCAUUACAAAGUCAUACCUUGUCACCAAACAAUUUUUUUUUCCCCUUUUAGAGGCCCGCGGUGGGAAAAAAAACUGACACAAAGGCACUCAAAGAAAAAUGGAUUUUACUUUUUUACUUUAUGAAGCACAGUUCAAUAUUUCAUCCAUCCAUCCAUUUUCAACAUUGCUUAAACUCUAAAGCAGGGGUCACCAAUGUGUUGCCCACGGGCACCAUAUGGACGCCGAACAUCACAUCAGUAAUCCGCGGGCCUGCUCUAAAGAGGUUCAUCAGUCACGGGACAUUGACAUUUUCUAAGAAUGGUGUAGAAGUAUUAAUUUGAAAACACAAACACUGGCAGAGAUUAAGAGAGCCUAUUGAUAUUUAUCUGGCUCCUACCUAAAGCAUUAACACGAUAAGUGUCUUCACAUACAUGAGUAUUGUGAAUUCGUAAUAAUUUUCAGAUGUGUACAUUUAUCUGGUAGCCCUGUGUUUUAAUCAACACCCAAGAAGUAACUGUCAGUUUCAAAAAGUCUGGUGACUCCUGCUGUCGAGGGUCAGAGGGUUUGUUGGCGCCUAUCCCAGCUGACUUCAGCCCCAGUCAGUCGCAGGGCACAUAUAGAGACGAACAACCAUUCAAACCCACAUACACACCAUCACUGAGUGGGAACCGAUCCUAAGCUGCCCACACACAGGGGAGUGUACUGCUACAUCAUCAGUGAUUAUUGCAUUUAUUCAAUCCCAUUAACACUUGCAAACUGUACUGUAUUGAAUUCAACGAACUGAACAUACUGCCUUCAAAAUAAACAAAUACAAAUAAAAAAAGAUCAUGAAAAAUGUGCAACUAGUUGAUUUGAAAAUAUUCAUUUUUUCUAGCCAUUCAAUCUAAUCAUCCGAAUCAUUAAAUGUAAUACUGUAUGCGCAAUACUGUUUGGUCUUUUUAGCUAAAGUUGAGUCUGCUAGGCGAAAAAAUAAAGGUUAAAAAAUAUAAUGAUUAAAAAGAGAGUUUUUAAUGGCUUCUUUCAUGCCUGUUUCCCAUUGAAAACUGAAUAUAAUAAGUGACUUGAAGGGUCUUAGGUGUUUCAAAUGAAAGAUUCUUUGCUGUUUCACUUUGUGAGUCAGUGACACGGACUUUGAAUUCAUCAAGGUUGCUGCGAAUUCUUUUCUGUGUUUUUAUCUUGACACCAUUAUUCAGUCACUUUGUAAAAUUUGCCCUUGCAAAACGUUCAACUUGCAACAAGUCUGUCUUGCUUUCUUUUAUGGUAUAGACGUGUUGAAUGUGAUAUGGGUCCAUUGUUGCAUAAUUUCACAUGACUGCUUCAUUGAUGUUUCAUCUGUUACCUGUUCUGUUACUCAAAUUCAAUGUUUGUGUUUAGACCUGUGGUAUAUUUAUGUAUUGAUGGACAGUGGCCGACUGGUGCAGACAUUUAAUCACCUGCAUGCAUGUUGUUAUUUGUCAUUUGUUGGAAAAAAAAGGAGAAGCAGGUGAGGUCGUGCUCCAAAUAGAUGCUUGGGUUAUUCCCAAGGUCAUGUUCAUCAGCACUGAUCCAAACAGUGGCAGAAUGAAUUAGUGACCCGCUGGCAAAAGGUCAGUUUCAAUCUUAUCGACUGGCUGUUGCUUCCUCUUGUUAUAAAUGCAUUGCACAUUGACAGAAAAAGUGCUUGUUCUUUUUCACUUUGUAGUGUUACCAUGUGUUUGUAUUCUUCCACAUAAAGCAAAUAGUUAAAUAAAUAGCACUGUAUGUAUGAACUCACAAAUAAUGACAUCAAUAAAGCUAAAUUCAAG